GGUCCAUCCUCAGCUUUCACUCUCCGGACUCGCAACAGACAACUAACUCCUGCCUGGACUGACAUUGAGGUGAAAAGACAGAUGACAAUGACCGACCUGGAGACCUCGAUGGCGACCAUCAUCGCAGUGUUUCAGAAGUAUUCAGAAAGAGAAGGAGACAAGCACAAGCUGAAAAAGAGCGAGCUGAAGGAUCUGCUUAACGACGAGCUGCCAGAUCUGAUGACGCAUGUGAAAGACCAGGCCACACUUGACAGCCUGAUGGAAAGCCUGGACACUGACGGCGACGCCGAGUGCGACUUCCAGGAGUUCAUGACAUUCAUCUCUGUGGUUACCGUCUGUUGCCACGAGUUCUUCGAGCACGAGGACGAGUAAAGGAGGAGGCGAGCACGGAGACAAAGGGGGAGCUACAGUAAAUUAUAAAGAAGGAGAAGCCUAGCAACGCACAACCUUCUUUGUGCCUUCAGAGCAGGGCAACGUCAGCCAGCAGCCAAAACAUCAUUGGUGAGGUUUGACUGGUGGCUGGCAAACAGUCCAAUGUAGUUACUUUAGCUAAAAUCAGAUAAAAUGUUCCUGCUAUUUUAUAUUUGAUUCUAAAUAUUUAGAUGGCUUGUGAAGUCUUCAAAGUGGCUUUUGGAUUUUGGUGUGGCUACAAAGAAAACUUAAGUCGUCUACUCGUUUGGAGUUUGUCUUCUACAGUUGAGAUGUGGCUGAUAAGUUAGUCAACCAACUACUUAAAGGCACCUGUGUUUAAUAAAGCUUGUUGACUAUCAAAUAUUGAAAGUGCCUCCUAAGUUGGUCGUCAUUUAAAAAAAUCUGAAUAGUCUAAUGGGCUAGUAAAAGUUAAGAUGGCUUUUUGAUUUUGGUUUGACAACAAAGUUUGUUACUAAGCCACUGAUGCCCUUAAUUGUCUUUUUUUAACAGCCAAUUUAGCAUAAUUUCCAACCCCAUUCUAUAAGUAAAGCUGUUUAAAAACGUU